CGGGACGAUGCCGGCGAACCGGCAACCAAGGGUCCGCUCCGGGAACGAGCCUGGUCCGGCGCCCGCCAUGGAGCCGGUGGGUCACGGGGCCUGGGCCCACAGCCGCGCCGCCCUCGACCGCCUGGAGAGUUUGCUGCGGUGCUCGCGCUGCAGUAAUAUUCUGCGGGAUCCUGUGUGCUUAGGAGGGUGUGAGCACAUCUUCUGUAGCAAUUGUGUAAGUGACUGCAUUGGAACCGGAUGUCCAGUGUGCUAUACCCCCGCCUGGAUUCAAGAUGUCAAGAUAAACAGACAGUUGGACAGCAUGAUUCAGCUCUGCAGUAAGCUUCGAAAUUUGCUGCAUGACAAUAAGCUUUCAGAUUCGAAAGAAGAUACAUCUAGGACAAACUUAUUUAAUGAUGCACAAAACAAGAAGAAUUCAAUAAAAAUGUGGUUUAGUCCUCGAAGUAAGAAGGUCAGAUAUGUUGUGAGUAAAGUUUCAGUGCAAACCCAACCUCAAAUGACAAAAGAUGAAAAUGCUGAAGCCUCAAUGUAUGAAUUUGUUUCCCCAAGUCCUCUUGCAGGUGCAACUGAGGGGGCUAAAAAGGCUCCUACAAGAUCUGGAAAAAAGCAAAAAAAGAAAACAUUAGCUAAAAUCAACAAAGAGUGGAAUUUAAAGGUAGAAAAAGAUAGUAAACUUGGCUCCAAAGAACAAGUUAAGGAAAAACUGGUGUCCUUCAGUAACCAAGUGUUUGUUACUGCUAGUCCCCAGGGAAAUGGUGAAAUAGACCUACUAGCAAGUAAUUCCUCAGUAGAAUCAGAAUGUUCUGGAAGCUUGGCUGAAGUUUUUUUACCACUGGCUGAACAUAUAGAGUCUCCAGGCACCGAGAACGGGAGUGAAGGAGGGACUCCUGAGGAGAAGGUCUCCAAAACCAUUCCUAGGAUUGAGAAAGCUUUACCAUUAGAUCAUAAUGGAAAACGUACAUGUCACAGCAGACUUCCCAGUCCCAUUUCUAAGAGGUGUAGAAGAAGCAUCCUGAGCACCAGUGGAGAAGCUGUCAAGCAAACAGCACUCUCAGGAAACAUCCCAUUGCGGGAUCAUUUGUCACCACCUUCAAGUAAACUGAAAGCUGAUGACACAUCUGGGAGGAAAAACAGCAAUGCAUUAGAUGAGUCCAUCAGCCUUACACCUGGUACACCACCUCCUAUACUGAACAAUUCAGGUUACAGACGAAUGAUGUCUAGCCCCUCAGCAGCGAAGCCAUUGCCCAGUAGCCUUAUGGCCAUGAAAAGAAAUCACAGAGGAGAGACUUUGCUCCACCUUGCUUCUAUUAAGGGUGAUGUACCUGCUGUUGAAUACCUCUUACAAAACGGAAGUGACCCAAAUGUUAAAGACCAUGCUGGAUGGACCCCAUUGCAUGAAGCCUGCAAUCAUGGGCAUCUGAAAGUAGUGGAAUUGCUGCUCCAGCAUAAGGCGUUGGUGAACACCACUGGAUAUCAGAACGACUCACCACUUCAUGAUGCUGUCAAGAAUGGACACGUGGAUAUCGUCAAGUUGCUGCUUUCCCAUGGAGCCUCCAGGAAUGCUGUAAACAUAUUUGGUCUGCGGCCUGUGGAUUAUACAGACAGUGAAAAUAUGAAAUCACUAUUGCUGCUACCAGAGAAGAAUGAAUCAUCCUCAACUAGCCAUUGCUCGGUAGUGAAUACCAGACAGCGAAGAGAUAGACCUCUUGUACUUAUUGGCAGUGGGCUUUCUUCAGAACAGCAGAAAAUGCUUAGUGAGCUUGCAGUAAUUCUAAAGGCUAAAAAAUGCACCGAGUUUGACAGUACAGUAACUCAUGUCAUUGUUCCUGGAGACACAGUUCAAAGUACCCUGAAGUGUAUGCUUGGGAUUCUUAAUGGAUGCUGGAUCCUAAAAUUUGAAUGGGUAAAAGCAUGCCUACAAACAAAAGUGUGUGAACAAGAAGAAAGAUAUGAAAUUCUUAAAGGUUCACAGAGAAGCAGGCUCAACAGAGAACAGCUGUUGCCAAAGCUGUUUGAUGGCUGCUACUUCUAUUUUGGGGGAACAUUCAAACACCAUCCGAAGGACAACCUUAUUAAGCUUGUCGCUGCAGCUGGCGGCCAAGUCCUCAGCAGAAAACCCAAGCCAGACAGUGACGUGACUCAGACCAUCAAUACAGUCGCGUACCAUGCCAAACCCGACUCUGAUCAGCGCUUCUGCACACAGUAUAUCAUCUAUGAGGAUUUUUCUAAUUACCGCCCAGAGAGGGUUCGGCAGGGCAAAGUCUGGAUGGCUCCUUCAAGCUGGUUUAUAGACUGUGUGAUGUCCUUUGAGUUGCUCCCUCUUGACAGCUGAAUAUUAUACUAGAUGAACCUUUCUCAUUGAACUUGCACUGUUUAUCAGAACCCAGCCAUUGUGCUGUUUUUCAUUAUUUACAUAUUCAUAAAUAGGUAGAGUAAUUCAUUUUUAUUUCCUUUGAAUUAAAAAAAAUAUGCCAGACUAGAGAUUUACUUUGUUUACCAUUUAGAUGCUGGGGUUACUUCUAACAAUCUUUCUGUUUAAAAACUGGCAUAUAUUUUUUAAUCAUCAUGGUUUUCUGCUCAAAUUAGUAGCUAUCAGAGAUUAAUGAGAUGGUAUCAAAACUAUUGGGUAAAUAUACAAAUGGUAUCAUUAUCGCUUCAGCCUUUUAAUGUUCUUUGAUGAAAAAAUUCUACACCUGCC